AUGGCUCGAAUCAAAAUGACUGCAAAACGCAAAAAAUCAUGCCAAGAACCAGAGGAAAACCAAGAAGUCUACUCAAGCACUGAGUCAGAUUAUCAUGAGGAAAACCAAUCUGAAGCAACUGCCAUGAACACCAUUUCUUCAUCUCAACCAUCCAAAAGCUCCUCUCCUUCUAUUACUCCAAAAAUCGUCAAAAAAUCCUCCUCCUCAACUCCUUCCAGCACAACAGCCUCCUCAUGCAAAAUUCCAAAACUUCAACUCCAGAAAAAGGCCAAACCUUCCUCACCAAAACCCCCUUCAUCAUCCACAAAAAUUUCUGACAACACUUCACUGUUUGAUUCGGCCGAAUUAGAAGCGGUUUACUCUUCAAAAUGGCAAAACAAGUUAGUGGUAAAUGGAAAAAUCAUUGACCUUGCUGAUAUCAAACAAGGAGGGUUUAAUGUUGAAGAAAUGUUUGAACAACUCGGCUGGACCUCAUUCUUCAAAAUCAAUGAACCACAGUACCCGCGUCUAGUAAGGGCUCUCUAUGCCGCUUCAAAAGGAUCAAAAGGCAUGACUAAUUUUAGUAUGGUACUGAAAGGGGUUCAUAUGGAAAUUAAUCCCACCACACUAUGUCAAAUACUUGAUAUACGUGAUGAAGGAGCUCACUGCUUAUCUGAGACAUGGUAUUCACAAUGUGUCAUCACUAGAACCUCUGUGCUCCAAAACACCCUCAUCAAACCUCCAAAACUGUUGGUGGCCUCCAACCUUGUCCCCUUGUGUCGCAUCCUUCACAAUAUCUGUGUCCACUCCAUCACACCCCGAGCUGGCAGUUUUGAGAAAGUCACAGAACUUGAUCUCAUGAUUAUUCAUCACGUGAUUAUUGGUACUCCUCUUUGUUUGGGUCAUGUUAUUUUUACCUUCAUGCUGAAUGCUGUUGUAUUGGGACGGUUUGCUCCCUAUGGGAUGAUUUUGACAAAAAUCUUCAAAUUUUUCAAAAUCCCACUUGAGGAUGAACAUUCCAUCUACUUCAACAACACUUUUUAUAUGAAGAACAUUAAACAGAUGAAGAUUCAAAAUGAUGACCGUCCUGCCUCAAAGAAAAGAAAAACUCGUCCUUCCUCCUCUGUUUCUCAAAACUCUGCAGAUGAAACACCUCAUCCUCCACCUGAGGAUACACCAUCACCACUAAUUCCAGAACCAACCUCUCCACUGCGUAACUCUCUUGAUACUACUCAUUCUCCUGCCUCUCCUGUCCCCACAACAACUCAGUCUUCACCAAUCCACAAACUGACUCCCCUUCGUGAAGCCGAUCCUAUCCCUAAGGAUGCCUCAAAAUCAACUUCUCCUCAACAUAUGGAAGAUGGUGAGGAGUUAUACUUUGAUAUGAAUUUAUCUUAUCCUCCAUCUCCUACGGAUGUGCCUAUGGCUUCUCCUCCCACUGUGCUAAUGGAUGAAGAUGUGCUCCCCCCACCAGAUUUUUCGCAACAAAUUCCUCCUGCUGUAAACUUUGAAAAAACUGCUCGACCUCUCCCUUAG